GACGGUUAAGCCAGGAGCAGCCCUAAAAACUCGGAUCGGGUUAAAGGGGAAAAGAAUGUGCAUCAUCAUCCAAUCGAUUGCUCCCAUGGCUUCCUCCAAGCAGCAGCAUUCCUCCCCCUCCUCGUCCCCAGCUAAAGCCCGCGGGCAGCAGCACCGCCCACAAAGAUUCCCAGCCGUGGACGACAUGGUAGCUCUCGACAAUCUCUACAAAAGCAUGAAUUCGAAGCUCGAGGCCGUCGAGGUGCAAGCUGCCGAGUACCGACUGAAUCCACUCACAGCCGAAGUGCUCACCAAGAAGCCCACCCAAGUCACGUCGUCGAGGAAAGUGACCAAACAGGAGUUUGAGGAGGCGCAAAAGUUUCUCGGCGCGUGCUUCCCAAUCCAGGACCUCGACAUGCCACCACCGGAGAAGUACGAAGUCCCCAUGACCGCGUCGCAAGAGUAUGGCUGGUGCUCGCAACCUCUGGUGAAACCCAAGAAGCUCUUCAAUUACUCGCGUGAAUCCUGCGAGAUCACCCAGUUCGCGGCGGCCUACUUCGAGUGCGUGAAAACCACGCCUUACUCCAAGCGAGGAUUCGCCCCGCGAUACAAGCUCAAGCAGCAACAAGCGGAGGCCUCGGCUGCCACUGUCCCGGACAAAGCUUCAGUGCCACCACCGGUUAGUAGCAACCAAACAGCGGCACUUACAGCACCUCCUUGAGGAGAAAAACUCGACCACCACCAUUUGGUAAUGUAAAAAUGUCCUUUUUCUUUUGAGUA